UAUAAAUAUUCAUGCAUUAGGUUGGACCAAGUAUCAGUUGUCCAUCAGCAUUCCGACUGUGCAGUUUAUCAAUCAGCUCAACUCAAAUUUUGCUUAAAAUGGCUUUCAAAUACUGCAUCCUGUUCGCGUUGGUUGCCGCCGCCAGUGCUGCGGUGCUUCCUGUUGCCGUCAAGCACAUCGAAUACGCGGACGCUCCGGCCGAAUACCAGUUCGAGUACUCCGUGCACGAUGACCACACCGGUGAUAUCAAGAGCCAGCGCGAGGAACGUCACGGUGACAACGUUGUCGGACAGUACACGCUGAUCGAUGCCGACGGAUACCGUCGUGUGGUCGAAUACACCGCCGAUGAGCACAACGGAUUCAACGCCGUCGUCCGCCGCGAACCGGUGAAGACUGCCAUCCCGGUCGCCAAGGUCAUCGCCCCAGUUGCCAAGGUGUACGCCGCCCCGAUCGCCAAGGUCGCCGUCCCGGUGGCUAAGGUUGCCUACCCGGCCUACCAUUACUAGACGAUUGUUCCUAAUUUAAUUGCUUUACUAGGUGAAAAUUUGUAAAAAAAUAAACGUUGAA